CUACUAUCGCCUUCUCUUUCUCUCUCGGUCUCUCCUUGUUCAGUUUUCGUUUGUAAAAACCCUAAUUCCACUCUCCCGUCUCCGACCUCGGAAACGUAGUGGUGGAGAUCGAUGGGGAAGAGGAAGGAGCGUCGUCUCGCGGCCAUGAUGGCGGCGAAUCGGAGAGUGAAGCUCGAUCUUUUCGCUGAACCCUCUGGAGAGAUGGAGGGAUCGCCUGUACAGGAAGAAGUCGGAGGGAAUGUAAAUGAUGGUCAACAAAGUGGCAUUCCCACUUCACCAUCUUCUUCAGGGCAGAAGGAGGCAAAUCCUUUAUUGCUACUUGGACAAUAUAGUGAUGAUGAAUUGGAGGAGCAAGUGAUAGAACAGCCAAAUCAAGCUGCCAAUGAUAGCUCAACUGUUCCAAGUGGCCUGGUUGAGGAUAGUUCAGAUAUGCAUGGUAAUGUAGGAAACAAUACUGCAGAAGCCUCUGCUGCUGGUGAUACUCAACAAGAGGCUGCUCAACAGGAUUCUGCCAAAAUUUCUAAUGAUGGUGAUCAGAAAGAAAAUAAUGCUUUUCCUGCAAUCCAACCAAGAGAAAAUGAGCCAACAAUCCAUUCUCUUCCCAAUGCUUCAGAAAUGCAAAUUAUAGGUGAUAUAAGUGGAGAUUGGAAGAUUGUGAUGCAUGAGGAGAGCAAUCAGUGCUACUAUUGGAACACAGUGACAGGGGAAACUUCAUGGGAGAUGCCCAAUGGAUUAGAUCUCAAAACAGGGACAACAGCUGAUGGAAUGGCUGUUGAUGGGCAAAUGCCUUAUCCUAUAGAAUCACAAGCAGUUGCUGACAAUACAUUGGGGGCAUAUCCUGGUGUUUUGGCUUCUGAGAAUAGCGAAAUGGGUGCCUAUGGAAAUAGUGCUUUUGAUACAAGUGAACAGCCAACACAAUAUUCCACUGUUCUAGUUGGUAUGCCAUCUGCAGAAUCAGCUGCUCGUAAUUUAAGUUCAAGUCUUGAAGAUAAAGCUGUCACUACUGAAGCAGCUGAUAUUCAUUCUGCCCAGCUUGUAAAACAUGGUGAAGAUUUAUUACGAAGAUUGAUGCUGUUAGAAGGUUCUUUUGAUGGAUUUGAGUUGAUAAAAAGAGAAAUAGAGAUCAGAGUGUCAGAUUGCAAAGUACUAUCAUCCUAUGGAUUAUCUUUGCUUCCAUUCUGGUGGCAUACUGAAACGCAACUUAAGCAACUAGAAUCCACUAUCAACAAAGUAGAAGCUUCUUCUCAUUUUGAAUCUAGAAGCUGUGAGAAAACUGGAUCUCAGCAAAAUCCUUCAUCGAAGAGGCAAUCCGAAGUGAUUGAUAAGAGCAACCCACCCAUUGUUGUCCAAAAUAUAGUCUCCUCUCCUAGGACUGAAGCCUGUAAUACAAUAGAUGAGAGUGAAAAUGUUAAGAGCAAUGUAGUUAUUAAAAAGGAAGAGGAGGAGGUUAUGCUUUCGAAGGUAGAAUCGCAUAUUGAAGAUGUGGAUAUGGAUGUGGAAAUGGAAGUGGAUGAUGAAGAAAAUGUGAGAGGAGAAACUUUUCCUGUCAACACAUCAACUGAUGAAUACCCUGCUCCUUCCGAAAAAAUACUGCCACCAAAUUCAUCAUUGUCUCCUUUAGAGGAUGCGACGGUUCCACCUCCACCAGAAGAAGAGUUUAUUCCUCCUCCACCGCCUGAUACUGAAGAAUCAGUUCCUCCACCACCGCCAGAAGAGCCAGCUGUACUAUAUCCUCCUUAUACUGUCAUUCCUCCGGCUUACCCAGAUCAGUAUAACAUAGGCUAUACUAUACCAACCUAUGAGUAUUAUAGUCCUGUAGUUAGUGAAGCCACAAAUGUCACCUAUUAUGCGCCUGGUGGAUCUCAUAUCAUAGAACCUCAGCCACCAUCUUAUUAUGAGCCGGUAACUGCUUCAAGUGCCUUACCUGUGUCUAUUGAUGUUGCUCCUGUUGAGCCCAUCGCAUACAACAGCUUUUCAAGCGGGGUUGUUGUUCCUCUUCCUGUGGUAAGUAGUGCAGAAUCAACAGCUUACUAUGUUGCAGCUGGGCCCACUAUAUCAGAUAUAACGCCUAUUGUGCCUUCUGUUGAGACUGAAAACAGUAGCUUAUCCACUCUGAAAGGAGAGCCCAGCAUUUCUGCGAUAAUAGCCAAAUCUGAAGAGAGCGCUGUGAAUAAAGGCUCGGCUGCAUCCACCGCCCCAGCACCAGGAAUGCCUUCAGUUAAUGGAAGUUCGACAACUGUAGCAUCUUUAGCCAAUCCCAAGGACCAGUCUAAAGUUGUUCGCAGCAAAAAGAGAACUGUUUCUGUUGCACCAAUGCUGAGGUCUAUUAAGAAGGUCUCAAGUUUGGUUGAUAAGUGGAAGGCUGCAAAGGAGGAGCUGCAUGGGGAGGAGGAUGAAGAACCUGAAAGUGCUUAUGAGAUAUUGGAGAGAAAGCGGCAAAAAGAAAUAGAGAAAUGGCGUGCACGUCAGAUAUCCAGCGGGGAAGCUGAAGACAAUGCUAAUUUUGUUCCUCUUCGUGGUGACUGGCGUGACCGAGUUAAGAGGCGAAGAGCUCGGGCUAAAGAAAGUGAUGACAGUGAGAUACCUGCGCUGGCAUCUGGGAACGAGAAAAAGCAACCUGAUCUCACAGAACUGUCGAAAGGUCUUCCUUCUGGAUGGCAGGCUUAUUGGGAUGAGUCAACAAAGGAGGUGUAUUAUGGAAACAGCAUUACUUCUGAGACCACCUGGAUUAGACCGACAACGUGAAAGAUAUAAAAAUUCGCUACCGUUUAGAACUAACUUAUCACCUUUGUGAGUGUAAAUAUUAAUUUCUCAGAACCUCUUUUAAUUGUAGUAGCUUAAAUCUCCAUCACCCAGAAAUUGGAAAAGCCCUUUCUGGAGAUGGAGAUGGUGGUUGUUGUAUCAGUUCUGCUUUGCUCAGGCGGCCUCUUUUAUCCAUUGCAGAUUUUUGUCUUCUUAUUUAUAACUAGUUGAAUUUUA